AUGCCACAAAAGAAAAUGAAGACCCCUGCUCCUAGGCGCUCAGCCAAACGUAGGAAAACGACACAAUUUAACACCAUUACUGACACGUGUUCCAACAGUUUCAACGAGACGAGCUACUCCAUUCAUCCGGAAGCAGACAAGUUUUUACCAGUUGUCUCCAUUCCAGACAUGUUGAAAACUCUGAUGGUAAACAGCGAUGAUAAUCGCAACUGCAACCAUAUCGAUGCUAUAAAAAAGUUGCAAGUAGACAUGAACAUUCUCAAUCCGCUUAA